GAAAACAAGCAACAGCAUACAGUCAUGUCGACUCAAUCAGAUAUGAUCAGUGUGAGCUCCACGUGGAUUGCGGAGCAGUUCAAAUGCUGCAUCUGCCUGGACAUUUACCAUGACCCUGUGUCCAUCCCGUGUGGUCAUAACUUCUGCCAGGACUGCAUCGAGGGCUUCUGGGAGACCAAGGCCCGUCCGGUGUGCCCACUCUGCAAAGAGACCUUCGCCAGCCGCCCCAAGCUCCGAAUCAACACCAGCCUCGCACAGAUCACCGAGACACUCUGGAAUCUUGACAAUGUUCCCAGUUCUUCGUCGGAAGCAUUUUCAGAAGAGGUUUUGUGUGAUGUUUGUAAAGACCCCCAGCUCAGCGCCGUCAAGUCCUGUCUCGUGUGUCAGGCCUCGUACUGCGACAUGCACCUCACCCUCCACCAGCGAGACCCAGUAUUGCAGAAGCACAGACUCACCGACCCGGCCACGUUCUCCACCUCUCACCUCUGCCGGAGACACAACAAACCUCUGGAGAUGUUCUGCAAGAAAGAUCAAACUCCAGUGUGCUCCGAAUGCUGUGCCAGAGACCACAGAAACCACCAGACUAUGUCCAUCCCCCAAGCAACCAGGAAAGUCAAGGAGUCACUGAAAGGAACCAAAACUGAGCUUAAAAAGUUGAUAAGAGAGAGAAUUCAGAAAACAGAAGAGAUCCAGAGGGCUGUGGACCAGAGCAAAAAAAUAACAGAGAGACAGAUCCAGCAGAGUGUAGAGGUGUGCACGAUGCUGAUCAGCGCGAUGGAGAGAGAGCAGAGCACCGUGGUGGAGGAGCUGCAGAGAAGACAGGAGGAGGUGGAGGAGAAAGCAAACCAACUCAUCAACCACCUGCAAGCGGAGAUGAAGGCCCUGCAGAACAGAGGGAGUGAAAUAGUCACCCUGCAAGCUACCCACAACACCCUGCACAUCUUACAGGGUUUUCCUUCAUUGAAUAAAGUACCACCAACGCAAAACUGGACUGAUGUGAAAGUUUACCCUGACAGCGGAAUGGGAGCGAUGAGAGACACUGUGUCCAAAAUGAUCGAAAUCUGCCAACAACUCAGCUCCAAACUGCUGGAAGAAGAGGUGGAGCAGCUGAGUCAGUAUAGUCUGAACGUGACCUAUGACCCAGAGACAGCCUCGGGAUGGCUGGAUAUUUCUGAAGAUGGCAAACAGGUGAGUCUCACCAGUUUGAAGAAGAAGAAAACAGUGUCUGACAGUGAGAAGCGCUUCGACUCUUGCGUCUGUGUUCUGGGCAAAGAGACCUUCUCCUCUGGACGUCAGUACUGGGAGGUUCAGGUUGGAGAUAAGACUGACUGGGAUGUGGGCGUGGCUCGCGAGUCCGUACAGAGGAAAGGUUCCAUCUCUGUGCGCCCCGACUUUGGUUUCUGGUCCAUCUGUCUUCGGAAGGGCAGUCUGAGCGCGUGCACUAGCCCCUCCCUCCCCCUGAACCUGACCCCGCCCCCUCAGAAAGUGGGGGUGUACGUGGACUAUGAAGAGCGCCUUGUUUCUUUCUACGACGUCGACCUCAAAAAGCUCAUCUACAGUUUCACGGACUGCGACUUCACCGGAGCUGUGGUGCCCUACUUUAACCCUUGUGUACAAGACAAUGGGAAAAUGCCCCCUCUGGUCAUCUGCCCCCCGGUGGAGAAGGCGAAAGUGGCAACACAAUCCCUGAUCAUGACGACCACUCUCUAACUCCAUAACAUAUGUUCAAAUCGCAAAGAUAGAAAGAUUUUUUUGACCCUGUAGAUUAAACCUCUACAUAUAUGCUCUCAAAUACAUGGGAUUCUUGUAAAUAUAGCACUUUUCUGUUUUGUUUUGUGUAAUCUUAAAUUCCCCAGUAUUUUAAAUGCCAUUAUCCUCAUCACUAUCAUCGUCUUUUCCUUAGUAUUAGUACAGUCUGUGUAAAUGAGUAAAAAUGUUGCAAGACCAACAUACAUACUUGUAUAUGAACUGUUGUGUGGAAGGCAUGUCCAGUGUGUGUUAAACCUGCU